GGUUGAGCGAGGUGCCUUAAAACCGGGGGCUCGGGAGUCCCCGCGCGUGAACUCGGCGCGGGGGGCUCGGAACGGGCAGCCAUGGAAUUGAACUCCCUGUUAAUCCUCCUGGAAGCGGCCGAGUACUUGGAGCGAAGAGACCGAGCGUUCCUGCAAAGGAGGAAAAAAUUGCAUGGAAAAAAUAUAUUGCCACUAAUGCUGACUUUGUCCCUAGAAGCAGAACAUGGCUAUGCAUCAGUGUUACCCUUCGAUAGUGACUAUUCCAGAAAGAAAACAAAGGCAGGCACCAUGGCCAGAAAAUCCCAGAAUAACAGGUCAUCACACAACGAACUAGAAAAACAUAGGCGGGCUAAACUCCGGCUAUAUUUGGAACAGCUAAAACAGCUUGUGCCUCUCGGGCCGGACAGCACCAGACACACCACUCUAAGUCUGUUGAAAAGAGCUAAGAUGCAUAUCAAGAAAUUGGAAGAACAGGACCGGAAAGCUCUGAAUAUUAAAGAACAAUUACAGCGGGAGCACCGCUACCUCAAGCGCAGAUUGGAGCAGCUAUCCGUGCAGGGCAUGGAGCGAAUCCGCACUGACAGCAUGGGAUCAACAAUAUCCACUGACUCUGAACAAGAAGUAGACAUUGAAGGAAUGGAGUUUACUCCAGGUGAAAUGGACAGUAUUGGAAGUGCCAGUGAUGCUGAAGACCACUACAGUUUGCAGAGCGGUUCGAGUGACGGAGGUUACACACAUUCCCGCAGACUGAAUGCCAGGCUCUCAUAGUGCCUGAGUUACCCGCUCAACUCAGGACCAUCUGACUGAAGCACUUAUAUAUGAAUAUUCCAGAGGUGUCAACUGCCACUCUUCCGGGAAACCCCAACCACAAUACUCUGACAUGGAGGUUUCUUACCCACGGUUCCCUGCACCGUAACCACAAUAUUAGAUAUUGUAAAUCAUGGGUUUGCUGCAGAGAACUGUGGUUAGGUACAGUUGUGACUUAAAGCUAGCUUGAUGUAGCCAUCCUGCAAAUUAAAGGAAAUAAAUUAUGUCAUUCCAUUCAAGAAGUAUUAAAUUCAAACUGUUGGAAGCAUGGCAUAAGGGAGUUUGACAGUUUAUUUUGAUUUUGCAGAAACCAUUUUCAAACAUGGAAGAAUAAAUGGAAUCUACAAUGUGUUAGUGAUUCAGAGGUACAAAAACCUAAAACUACUUUUUGUGGUAUUUUUUCAUGAAAAAAAACCAAACCCAAAACAUUUUGAAUGCUGUAUAGUGGGCUCCAUAGAGUAAAUUCUUUCAGCAGUUGUUUUUUGGGUGAAGCAGGCAGAUAAAUCUUCAAAUCUCAGAUGAUCUUUAGAAAAGGUCAUAUUUACAAGUCACUACUGUACUUCAAAACGGGGGAAAAGCCAGCUCUAAUAAUGACUUCAUGUGGGAUGAUCUCAACUUUCUUUUGCUUUUUGUAUUCAAUAUCCAACCAGCAGCAAAUCAUUCUAUCCAUGUUAACGGGAGCAGUAGAAAGCAACAUGGCAGUUUUAACCUGUUACCGUGGAAUGGAUGACAUUUGAAGCAUUUCAGUGGUUUUAUGGGUUGUUGUUUUCAUUUCUUUCUCUAAAGAAUACAGAACUCAAGUGAUCCAGUUUGUGAUAGUUAAUCUUUCCUUGCAAGGAAAUGAAAUCUCUGUUUGCUUGUAUUUUUUUUUCUUUUCUUCUAUUUACACAUGUCAAUACAUUUUUAUGGAAGGCAUGGCUUAAAAUUACAGUAUUCAGCUAGAAGAUAAUUAAUUUUUUUUCUUUUGCACACUAUAAUUGCAUUUUCUAUUCUUAAAAAAGUGCAAAAAAAUUAAAAUGUAUGCUGUAAAACAGCAAAGUUUAUUUAGUACUCAUCAAGCUGUUCAGAACAUAUUUACCCAAAUUGUAGCAAUACUAUGAAGAUGUAUUUUAAUACAACUUCUGCUUAGUGAAGUCAUUAGAGCUUGGCUUGCCGGGUAAGAAAAAAAUGGACCAGUCUUUGCAUUAUCUGUUUAAAGAAGGUCUUUUAAAAAAAUUUAAAAAAGAAGGAAAAAAAAAAAGAAAAAAGCUAAAAAAAAAAAAAAAGAAAAAAGCUAUAAACACUUUUAGGGAAGUGAUUUUAGCAAGUGUAGUCUAUAUUUCCUGUAAGAGAUUUUGUAUUAUAUUUUCCUAAAUGUUCUCAUUUACUUGUAUAGGGAGGGGAAUGGUACAGACCCAGACCAGAGUCUCAGGGACUCUUCACCUUUGUCAUAUUGUGCCUUGGUGACCAUUUAUGUAUGCCUCUCCUUUUCAUUGUUUAAAGGACAACUAAGCUUUGUUUCAAGACCCUCUGUUCAAAUGGUCAGUUGUCCACCUUCUUACGGAUGAAGCAGAGAGGUGUAUUUAUAUCUUCACCCUCUCACAACUGAUUCAGUGUGGCUUUAAGUAAAAUCAUGAAAUUAGGUUUUGGUGCGAGGGUUAAUUGUCUUUGUAUGAGCCCUCCCUUGGAUUCUUCAGCACCCGAAUCUAUUUUUUGUUAGCUUUUAAAGUCAGGGUCUCUGUGAGACCAGCGCUCAGUGGCUUGGGAAACACAAAUGUACUGUGUAAGGCUAUGGGAUGUCCAAGUGUGGUGCCAUUUUUAGCAUUUGGAUACAAGACCUCAUGACAGACUGACCAUAAUGAUCAAAGGUUCAGUUGUUCUUUCAACAUCUGACAUACGUGUCCUCCCUUUGGCUCUUACAACACGGAGUAGAAAUAUGAAUACAUUUUGUGGCAGCUUACAGAUCCUUGUUUGCACUCUCGCUUACUGCUUGGAACUUGCCAACAAGGAAACGUAUACAUUUAAUUUACAUAACCUAAUGGAUGGCCACCCCUACUUUGGCUCUGGGGAGGGGCCUAAGGUUAUCAACUCUGGCAGCUGAAUAAGUAAACAAUUAACCUUUUCUGUGAUGCAGGUUUUGGUAUUACGUUCUAUACACCUUGCAUAUUACUAAAAUCCUCAUUGUUGGGGAAAGCACACAGCAAUAUACUCAUUGUGUGUAGCUGACAAGCAGCAGAAAUUACUAGCUCCUUUGGUGCAUAUGUAACUAAUUUCCAAAUCAUGGAAAAAAAAAAUAUAAGAGUUUACUUUAACACACGACUGUUAACAGGAAAAAAAAAAAGAGGCUAGUAUAUUGUUGCUGUUCAUUUAUUAUAUAAUGAACACAUUCAUGGAUUGUAAAGUGUUUCCUUUCAUGACAAGCAGCUCUUGCACAGAACCUCCUAAUGAAAAGAGAUUUGAAACUUACAGAAGGAAAAACGAGACUUUAAAUUGAACAUUAUUGUACCUUAGGUCAACCUGAAAUUUUCCUUUUAAAGAUGAAUGUGCUAACUUAAUGAGUUCUUCCACGCUGGGUAUCCAUGGCUUUGUAGAUCUUAUAUUUUCAAUAAAAAUUACUCGAAUAAUCUUGAGUGGAAAUGAAAA